AUGUCUGAGGGACGAUUGACGCGUGCAGCGGCAAAAUCUGCAGCUGCAUCGAUCUCAACUCCAUCGGUCGCAGCAUCAGAUCCAGCCGUGCACGCGACCGCAGAAGCCACAGAAGUCACAACCAACGCGUCGGCUACCAAGAAGACGUCCUCCAAGGGUAAAGGAAAGGCUUCCGCUAAAAAGCCCCCGGUCGCCAAAAAGAAGGUCGCCAAAAAAAAGCCCGUGAAAAAGGAGACCACCAACAAGGUCACCAAAAAGACCACCAAGGUCAAAGCCACUCUCCAGGUCGUUUCUGGUCAACUGCCCCACAACCUAGGACCAAUUCCAUCAAAGGCUGAGAGCUCGCCUGUUGGCUCCGACAAGGAGAACCAACCUUUGGGACAUGCAGUUGUUCCCACUCUGACCGCUUCUGUCUCUGAGGCCCAAGCAUCUUUGGAUGAUGCAGACACCACUAUCGUUGAUCAGGACCUGGACACUGAGGAAUCCAAGGAGAAGAAGAAGAAGAGCAAUCAAUACAAUUUAACUCCGGGUCAGACGCCCUUCCCCAAAUGGACCCAGCCCACAGUUGAAGCGUGUGAACUUGUCAACGAACUAUUGUCCAGCGUGCAUGGAGAAAUUGCUCCUCCCGAUACCAUGCCUCCACCCUCUCUGACAGUGAGUGGCUGCGGUGAAGUCCCAUCCGUGCUCGAUGCCCUUAUCCGUACUCUUUUGAGUGGAGCGACCUCAGGCAAUAAUUCUGGUAUGGCAUUCCAAGGACUUGUGGACCGUUUUGGUGUUUUGGACGAGGGAAUUGGCAAAGGCAGCGUGAACUGGGAUGCCGUGCGUCAAGCUUCGCAGAGAGAGGUCUUUGAGGCAAUCCAAUCCGGCGGUCUUGGCGAUCGCAAAAGCAAGCACUUGAAGCGCAUUUUAGACGAAGUGUAUGCUGAGAACCAAGCGCGCCGAGAACAGCUCCUUUCGACCCCAUCUACCACAUCACCUGCCAAAGUGGAGACCGAUGAUGCUAGCUCCAGUGUGCCUGCCGAGAACACUGAUGAGAUUCAGAAUGAAAUUGCCUGUGCCGACCAAAAUUUCCUUUCUCUGAAUCAUCUUCACAGUCUUACAAGUGAAGAGGUCAUGGUUGAGCUCACAAAGUACGAUGGCAUCGGUCCCAAGACAGCGGGUUGUGUUAUUCUGUUCUGUCUCAAGCGCCCCUGCUUCGCGGUCGACACGCACAUCUUCCGGAUCUGCAAGUGGCUCGGCUGGCUUCCACCAAAGGUCACUGAGAUCACUGCGUUCAGCCAUCUGGAAGUCCGGAUCCCAGACCACUUAAAGUACUCCCUGCACCAGCUUUUCAUUGCGCAUGGCAAGUCAUGCCCUCGAUGCCGUGCCCAAAACAGUGAAAAAGCCGAAGGCGAAAGGGAGAUCCCCCCCAAGAAGCAGAAAGGUGCGAAGGGAUCGAAGAAGGCGACAAAGAAGGCGACAAAGAAGUUGGCCAAGGUGAUCAAGAAAAAGCUCACUGUUAAGAAGGCCAAGAAGGCCAAGGCCGCGACUGCAAAGACCACUAAGAAAAAUGUCACUGCGGUGAAGAGAAAGGCUGAGCCUGACAGUGAGUCCGGCACGGCGGCGAAGAAGCCCAAGAUUGACGACGACACUGAGGAGAAUCGGGCGGAAGAGCAAGAGAACCCCAAUAUUGACAACACCAAGGAGAAUACGGCGGAGGAGCAAGAGAACAGUGAUGAGACCUUUUCGGGCUUCGGUGAUACUGAGGACGAUGAAUGGCAAGAAGAAUGA